AAUUCCCUGUUCACGUUGAUGUCGUCUGUACUUCCACCCCCCGAAAAAACACGUUUUCCUGCCCCCCUUAGUUUGUCUGGAGUGUUGAAGAUGGUUUUGAACAGGGCAAGACAGGGUCUCUGUUUUCAUGAAGACUUAUACCUCAGGGGUGGAGACAGUGUCCAAGGAGGAAAAUACACAAACAAGGUAAUCUCUAAUGCCUGGAAAACGAACAAACCAAUCUUGGCAUUAUGGUAAUGAUAGUGAAGGGGGAAUUGCUUUAGAGUGAGUGACCAAAACUGCAAAGCUCGGCUCUGGCCGCCUAGUGCAGGAGAAACAGUUUUUCAGCCUAAGAUGGCCUCUAGCUACGGAGUCCAGGAUGACCCUAACUUCUGGGCCUCGUGACUCACUAUUAUACCCAGUUUAUGUGUUUCUGGGGAUCGAACCCAGAGCUUUGCGUAUAGCAGGCAGGCGUUCUACCAAAUGGUCUAUAGCCCCAGCCCCGCUUUUUCAAAAAUGUAUUAUUUUAUUUGGGGCGUGAGCAUGUGAGUGUAGGUGUAUAUGUGGAGGUCGGAGGACAACUUUUGGGAGUUGAUUCUGUCCAAGAGUGGAACUCAGAUCCUUGGGCAGGUUAGUUCUUUCUUUUUAUAUAGGAUCUAGUUGUGUAGCUAUGUGACUCAGGCUGCCCUUGACCUUGAACUUACUACAGUCUAGGUUGGCCUUGAAUUCGUAUCAGUCUUUGAACUUUUGUGGACUGAGAGCUGCUGGGAUGUCGGCCUCCUGGUUUGCAGAUGGCCAGGAUGGACUACCCGGUCCCUAACUAACAUAAUACAAGAGUUUUCUUUCUCCCCUGAUUCCUGGGCUGUUGACAUGGCAUCAGGAAGAGGAGAACCACUCUCAAAUCACCUGACAGUCUGGAGACUUCGGCUCACCGUCUUCCGCCAAAGACAGAGCAGAAUCCACUGUUGGCAACAGAGUUCAUUCUACCCCUUUGGGAAGCCCCUUGACUGAAUGCCUGUCGGGUGCCGGAGAGCUGAGCCUACGUGGGGACGGACACACCAGACUUGUUUCAAACUCAUUAUCUUCACUGAGCCUCGUACAUCUCUCAGAAGUCGAUCUCUUGAGUAGAGUGUUAGAAUCCUGGGAAAAGCUUCUCCUGCGCUAAGUGGGGGCAAUGUCACAAGUUACAACUACUUACUCCUUUGAUGCCCCCACCAACUUCAUCAACUUUUCAUCUUUGGACGCCGAAGAAGAUACUGAAAAUGUAGACUCGUGGUUUGAGGAGAAGGCCAACCUGGAGAACAGCUUUCUUAGGAAGAAAGGACUAGGGGAGCUUUUUCAAGGCAAAGCUUCCCUGAGAAAAGCCAAACUUCCGCAAGGCCGUGCCACACCGUUGAAGGCGGUUGACAACACUUACCAUAACGAGACAGAAAAGGAAAAUGUUCAGAAACAUUCCGUUCCAUCAGAUGCUUGUUCUUCUGUGAAUGCUGAAGGGAAUGUGUCAGGAAAAACUCCUGUCCAGCCUCAGAGGAGAUCCGUUAGACUCUCUGCUCAGAAGGAUUUGGAGCACAAAGAAAAAAACCAUGACCUUGUUGAGAUGAAAGCAAAGAGAUGUACCACUCCUGCUAGAGACUUCCCACCUUCCAAAAAAAUGAAAUUGUCUCAUAAAAAGAAAGCCGAGGAAGAGGAAGAAGGCAGUGUUCAAGGUACUUCCAGAAAGAAUGAAAGAGAAAGUCCGGAGAAAGGCAAGGGGGGCCAUACUGGUGUUCCACCUGCACGGCAGAAGGUUCUGAAGAGCACUGAGGAGCAGGAGUUGGAGAAAAGACUGAAGAUGCAGCAGGAGGUGGUGGAGAUGCGGAGGAAGAACGAGGAGUUCAAGAAGCUCGCUCUCGCGGGGCCAGCGCAACCCGUGAAGAAGUCCACCAACCAAGUCACCAAAACAGUUGACUUCCACUUCCUCACGGAUGAGCGAAUCAAACAACAUCCCAAGAACCAGGAAGAGUAUAAGGAAGUGAAUUUCAUGUCUGAACUUCGAAAGCAUCCUUCAUCUCCUGCCCGAGUGACUAAAGGAUGCACCAUUGUUAAGCCAUUCAAUCUGUCCAAAGGAAAGAAGAGAACAUUUGACGAAGCCGCUUCUCAGUAUGUGCCCAUUGCACAGCAGGUCGAAGCCUUCCACAGACGAACCCCUACUAGAUACCACCUGAGGAAUAAGAAGGACGAGAACUUGUUACCCUCCAGACCUGUGACCAAGAUCUCAAGAGACCCCCAGACUCCCAUAUUGCAAACCAAAUACCGUGCGAGGCUUGUGACCUGCAAAAGCGCAGCAGAACAGGAGGCUGAGGAGUUGGAGAAACUGCAGCAAUAUAAAUUCAAAGCCCGGGAACUUGAUCCCAGAAUUUUUGGAAGUGGCCCCAUCUUGCCCAAGAGACCUCCUGUUAAACCUCCCACUCAGCCUAUUGGUUUUGAUUUAGAAAUUGAGAAACGAAUUCAGGAUCGAGAGUCAAAGAAAAAAUCCGAGGACGAACACUUUGAGUUUCAUUCCAGACCUUGCCCCACUAAGAUCUUGGAAGAUGUUGUGGGUGUUCCUGAAAAGAAGGUAAUUCCAGCCACUGUCCCCAAGUCACCAGUUUUUGCACUGAGGAACAGGAUCCGAGUGCCCACCAGAGAAGAUGAGGAAGAGGAUAAGCCAGUCGUGAUACGAGCUCAACCUGUGCCACAUUAUGGGGUGCCUUACAAGCCCCAUAUCCCAGAGGCAAGAAACGUGGAGGUGUGCCCUUUCUCCUUUGAUACCCGAGACAAAGAGCGCCAGGUACAGAAGGAGAAGAAAAUAAAAGAAAUGCAGAAGGGGGAGGUGCCCAAGUUCAAGGCCCUUCCUGUGCCCCAUUUUGACACCAUUAACUUGCCAGAGAAAAAGGUGAAGAAUGUGACUCAGGCUGAGCCUUUCUCCCUGGAAACAGACAAGAGGGGCGCCUAUAAGGCUGAGAUGUGGAAACAGCAGCUAGAAGAAGAGCAGAAGCAACAGAAGGAAGCAGCUUGCUUCAAGGCUCGGCCAAACAACGUCAUCUUCCAAGAGCCCUUUGUUCCCAAAAAAGAGAAGAAAUCGGUUGCAGAGAACCUUUCUGGUUCUCUAGUUCAGGAACCCUUUCAACUGGCCACUGAGAAGAGAGCCAAGGAGCGGCAGGAGUUGGGAAAGAGAAUGGCUGAGAUGGAAGCCUGGAAAAUGCAGCAGUUGGAAGAAGUCAGGCAACAAGAAGAGGCACAGGAAAAGGAGGAGCUAGCCCGGCUACGGAAAGAACUGGUGCACAAGGCGAAUCCAAUCCGCAAGUACUCAGCGGUGGAGGUGAAGUCAAGUGAGCUGCCGCUGACCGUGCCCGUGUCUCCGAAGUUCUCCACCCGCUUCCAGUAGGAGCUCUGCAUCACCCCGGGCCUGAGAGCCCUUUUCAGACUCACCACCACGUGUGGCAGUGGACCUGUGUGUGGCAGUGACAACUGAACGCACGCCAUUGUUCUUGAAGAUCAUUGUACGCAGUUUUGAAACUAGUGAGACAUCACUCAUUUAGGCUUUAAUCAGACUUCUCGUAGUUACCUCCUUUCGACAUCAGUUGGUCCUUUACUGUUGGUCUUCUAGGACUUCAAGUAUUUGUUUUAGUACAGUCUUUUUUCCUCUUAAUCCCCUCCACUCCUCUUUUAUAUGUAUAUUUUAAGCAUAAAAUAAAGAGCGUUAAACUCUG